AUGAACGCGGCACCGCCAACUACCUACAAGGCGUCCCCCUCCCUCCAGGCCUUCGCCUCGUUCACCCCCGCCGCAUUCCUCGCCGCCAACCCGUCCAUCCACCACCUCAUGACGGGCGCCCUCGUCACCAACGCCCAGGGCCAGGUCCUCCUCCUCCGCCGCGCGCCCCACGACUCGUGGCCCCUGAAGUGGGAGAUCCCCGGCGGGUGCGUGGACGACGAGGACGUCAACAUCGUGGCUGCCGCCGUGAGGGAGCUGUGGGAGGAGACGGGGCUGAGGGCCAAGAUCGUGAAAGCUCCCGUUAGGCUUGUGCCGGCUGAUCAGGCUGGGGAGCUGCCCGUUGAUGUGCUGGAGACUAAACUGGAGAUGAUUGGGGACUUUCUGAUAUUCCGAGUUAAAGAGGUGGUGUGGGGGAAAUUGGCGGUCUGGAUCGACGUGGAGAGCUACGACGCCGUCAAGAUUUGCGACGACGAGCACGUCGAGUUUGCGUGGGUCACGGAGCAAGAAGCCAGGGAGAGAAAGUUCAGUGACGGGAGGGAGCUGGACUUUACGAGUGAGGGCGUGAGGAGGAAUGUCUUGGAGGGUUUCAGGUUGUGGAGGGAGGAGAGGGACACCGAGUGA